AUGAAUACUGAACUGUUGCAUUUAAAGUCUCAUUUGGGUACCUUAGACCAAAAUGCAGUUCCAUACACUCCAAUUGAUUUGUGUAAAUGGAUAAGAUUGAAUGACUUGCAGUGUGUAUAUCCAAAUGUAGACAUUGCACUUCGGAUGUACACUUGUACUCCUGCUACAAACUGUUCGGCCGAGCGAACAUUUUCUUGUUUAAAGCGCGUUGAAAACUAUUUGCGUUCGACAAUGUCCGAAGAAAGGUUAAAUUAUCUUGCAAUUCUAUGCAUCGAAAAAACAAUUUUACAAGAUUUAGACAUUAAUUUCGUUAUUGAUGAAUUUGCGCGCAGGAAGGCACGUCGUUAA